ACUCGUUCCAAUUUCCAUCCAUGAGGCCCGGCCCAUUUGGAGUAGUAACAGUGGAGUACAAGUCCGGCUAAAACCCUAACAUUUUUAAACUAAAAUGAAGGGGGGAAAGUCGGCAAAGAAGAGAGGAGAAGAAAACUAUGGCGAAAAAAAUGAGCUUGAUUGCUGAUUCUACUUGUAUAGAAAAUGGGGAUAUCCUGUUUGAGAUCUUCCUCAGUCUUACAUGGAGAUUAAUCUUUCAAAUGAGAAGGAAAAGAAAUUUCAAAAUCGAGAUAUACUCUUCUGAUUUGGAUAAGUGGAGUAGUUAUGAAGUUUUGGUUGAUCAGGCUGUUAGUAUGCCAGAAUGUUUACAAAGAAAAUUUAAUAUGAUUGAAAUUUGUGGAGUGUUGUAUUGGAAUGAAGGACGUCAAGGUAAUAGCAUAUUAGCUCUUGACGUCAAAAACAGCAAGACGGAAGACACUGGCGGUGAUAUUUGCGAUCAUCGACAGGAAGUUGUUAAACCAGGUGGUGAAAAGUGUCUCACAGAGUUCGAAGGGUCUAUUGCUUGUAUCCAUUACGAUACAAGCCAGGCGAGCAUUUGGGUACUGCAAGAUGAUGAUGAGACUAGCAAUGGAUGGAUUCGUUGUUUCGGUUAUACAUGGCUUUUCAGGCACACUUCUGACCAUAUCUUUCGGCCUUUAGCUUUUGAUUCUACAACUCAAAAUAUUGUGAUCUUGGAAAUCUUCUGUAGCUCUAAAACAUAUUAUAUAGGUACCUACAAUAUCGAAAAUGGAAAUUCCAAAAAGGAUAGGGUUGCUAAUACUCCAAAUAAUUCUCCCCAACUCAUCAAGGCGUUUGUGUUACCUCUGUUGCCAACACCUGUUUCCGCAACUAGACUGAGCAGUUGAGCUGUAGAACAUCCCCCUCUAAUGAGAUAUCCAGAGCAUUUGCA